GAUCUUUCCGAUGAGGUCCUAUUUAGUAUGGGAAGAAUAUUUAGUACCACCGAAAACCCGAUCCAUGAUCAUAUCGUUGCUAGUAGAUACUUUAAAGAACUGGCCAAUGAUAAAAGAUCCAAACUGCGAUUGCAAUCAGCGGAAGCAUAUGCUAACAUUAUACGUGUUAAGGCUAUGGGUAGAUUGGGUGGGCCUAACGAAGUACUUCUGUAUCUGGAAAUCGCAAUCAAUCUUAAAAAGACAGACAUUUAUUUUGCUAUCUACUCAGUGUAUGCUGAAUUGAGUAGGGAGGAUAAUGCCAGUAAAUAUCUUAAACUUGCUGCCGAUAUGAAUUAUAAUUUAGCAAUCAAAAAAU